AUGAGAGAAUGGCACAUACUGCUGAAUAUUGAUUUUCGAUUUCAGGUAUCAGAUUUGAGUUCUGCGUCUGGUGUGGCCGAAGAUGAUAUAAUUUCAACGUUACAAACAAUGCAGUUAAUCAAGUAUUGGAAAGGUGAUCAUGUUGUACGUAUGACACGACGGCUUGUUGAGCACUGCAAAUCGAUUAAUAUGGGACGACCACCUAAUCUGGAAAUAUUGGUGGAAGCAAUAAGUGGAUCUGAUUUGCUUCCUAAUGGUUUUUAA